CCUCCAUCCUCUCCCAUCUUGCGUGGCCGUGCUGCUGGCUGUCCCCGCCGGCUCCAUCAGGAUAGCCCAUCAGGAUAGCCCCAUCAGGAUAGCCCCAUCAAGAUAGCUCUCGAAACUGCUCCAUCUGGCUGUUUCCCUCAACUCCAUCCCAUCGAGGCACCACCACCGAGGCUCUGCCAUCGAGGCUCUGCCAUCGAGUCAAGCUCCCCCCCCUUUCGAUCGUAUCCGUUGCCGGUCCGCCCAGUCUUGCGCUCCCUGCUCUGGCAUGAACAUCUCCAACCCGCCCGAGUCCCUCUCGGGCAGCUCCUCAUCCCAGUCUGGCAACCGUGUCUCUGCCGAUGAGCUGCUGCCACUCCCUGUUCUGCACCAGGGCCACAGCCUCACCAACGACAUUUCGACCCAGGCCGAGGCUGUCCAAACCUUCAAGCGAGCAUGUCUACGGCUCGUCAAUCGGGCCAACCGCAUCUUGGCCACCAUCAAUGCUUUUGCUCGGCAGGAGCUCGACCGUCUCGAGCCUGAGCAAACCAGCACCCUCACCAACAUCCAACUCGAGGAGCUCCUCCUCCCGGCCCACAUCUCUCGCCACCUCGAGGCUCUGAUAAGUCUCCUCGAGUCCGUCAAUGACUUUGUCCAGAAGCAGCAGAACCAACAUUUUAUGCAGCGUUUCAUCAACCGCCAGCGCUCCGAAGCCGAGAUCGACGGCUACCAGAGCCAAAUCACAUUCAUCGCCUCGGAUCUGCAACUCGCCCUGCAAGUCGACGUCAAGAACUGGAUGGACGAGGAUCGGCAGGACCGGGACCAGGACAUGGCCGAGUUCGAGAGCACCCUGCAGCAGCUUCUAGAAAACGACUAUCGCAUCCUCCAAGCACUGGAGCUCAAGCAGUCCGAAUACAUGGAGGCCAUGGAGGCCCUGCAAAAGAACAUGAUUGCCCAUGUCGACCGGAAGCUGGAUCGCCUCUUCAUGGAGCGAGCCCUGGCGUGUCUCAAGCGGGUCUCGACCGGCAUCGCCCCUGCCAUCGAGGACUGGACCAUUACCUCCUGGGAGGUCGAAGUCAUUGGAGAGCCGCUGGCCCACGGCGGUUUCGGCGAGGUCUCGCGAGGCGUUUGGCUCGGACACACCCCUGUCGCCGUCAAGCGGCUCUACUGCCGCCUCGACACCCGAAAGCUGCAGGAGAGCUUUCUCCGCGAGGUCAAAUCAUGGUACCCACUCCGCCAUCCGAACGUCCUGCCGCUCCUGGGCGCCUGCCAAACCGCCGAGCGGCCUUUCAUGAUUUCGCCCUUCAUGAGCAAUGGCCACGCCCUGCAGUACCUCGAAAAGUACCCGCCGUGCCACGCACGCACCCUCAGGCUGAUCUACGAAGUCUCCCAGGGCAUGAACUAUCUGCACAGCCGCCAGGUCGUCCAUGGCGACCUCAAGGCCGUCAACAUUCUCGUUGACGAGAACGGCCGAGCCUGCGUCGCUGACUUUGGCUUUACCGUCCUCAAAAAGGUCACAAGCACACGCACCACCAACGGGAAAAUGGUGACAGGAACACUGCGGUGGAUGGCCCCGGAGCGGCUACUGGGCUCGUCAGCCGAGCCACCCAUCGAUGUAUAUGCCUUUGGCAUGAUAUGCUUCGAAGUUCUGUCGGGUGGUGACAUUCCUUUCUCUGAUAUCCCUGAUGCCCUCAUCAUCCAAACGGUCACCGUCAACAAUCAGCGCCCGCCUCGACCCGAGACUUGCAAAAGCGACCCACUCUGGAGCAUUGUCACGCAGUGCUGGGACGCCGACCCCCUCAAGCGGCCCAAUUUCAGUCGGGUGUCGGUCCAAUUCAAGUCUCUAUACGAAGAGAUUUCCCAGGGCGAGCACCGCGAGAUGGCGGAGCAUCACCACACCGAGCAGGAGCGAGAAAAGUCGCGCAAGUUUGCUCUGCGAAAGCUGCAGCGCGAAGCCCUCGCCGAGUCCAUCGGUCUCAAAGACGUCAAGACUCACCUUCCCAAGGUUGAUGCCCCGAUUCCGAGCCUGCCAGCAACACCGACACCAACACUGACACCAACAUCAACACCAACACCGGCGCCUGUGGCUGCACCUGUCGCCUCUACGCCUCGCUCGGAUCGCCCGCCCCCGGUUCCUCGGAAACCAGAGUCGUUGUCGGUGAACCCCAUGGGAUCUGCUCUUGGAACUCGGACCGCCGCGCCGAUACCCACCCCCGCCCCCGCCCCCACAACAACCCCGACACCCACAUCCGCAUCUGCGCCCACAUUUCCCCCCACAUUUCCCCCCACAUUUCCCCCCACAUUUCCCCCCACGUUUGCACCCACACGACCACCAGCUCCGUUCGCCACUCCUGCUCCCACGCCUCAGUCUUCAACCGACUCAAACCCAUCCGAGACCACUCAUUCGUCAACGCGGGGGUCGGUCGAGCUGCCAUUCCCUUUCGGGCAGCCGCCAUCGUAUUCAAGCGACAACCCGCCACAAUAUGCCACAACCGAAAACGCACCCUCGGGCUCCCGUGGCCUGGACGAGUUGAGCCCGAGGACCCAGCGCGCCUGGUGGGGCUUUGGCCGCCCUUGGGGCUCGCACUGGCGGCCACAUGCUGCGCACCCACAUAUGCAUCCGCAUAUGCACCCGGACAUGUAUUCGCAUGGGCGUCCCGACACGCGCUCCGACAUGCGCCCCGAUAUGCGUUCCGACAUGCAUCGGCACAUGCAUCCCGAAGCCUUUGGCGAGUUCUCGCCGGACCAGCGCCGCGAAGUUCUCUUUGGUCGCAGCCGAUCUAAUAGGCACCGGAGGCACAGAGAAAAAAAACCAAGGACCCGGUUCAUCAUCGACCAACACGGAAUCCGGACCGAAACGGACAGUCGGAGUGGCCACAGCGCUGCACCUAAUCGCGAAGAAGUCGACCUUCUCAACUUCCUGAUGCGUCUCGUCAACGGAAUGAAGGAGAAGGGCGUCCCACAGCAAGCUCAAUUUUGUCGACUGCCCGACAGCCGCCGAGAGUGAGAGACAAGUGCUGGACGACGGCUCCUCAGACCGAUCCAAACAGGCUGCCACGACAGCCCCGGAUCGGAUGUGGACGAC